CACACACACAGAAAAAAAAAAAAAAUGUUUUUCCCUUUCUCUUGGAUCCUGGAGAUCCUUCCUAUUGAUUCCAAUCCAAUUGACUGCUUUUUUCAAGGGGUUGUAGCUGCAUGCGGAAUAUCAGUACUGUGCAGCCUGAUGAGAGUGUACUAUUUCACACAAAUGUGCAGCGACAGCAAGGAGAAGACGUCGUCGUCGUCGUCGUUGUCGUCAAGCAACCCGCUCAGAUCCAAUUGGAGCUCUUUAGUCCACUUCUGGGCCUUGACCGGCCUCCUGUCUCUGGUUGGCCCGCGGGUUUCAUCUCUGAUAGUUCUGGAAUUUUCCCUGCGUGCCGUCUCUGCCUGGGUGUCAGCACGGCUGGAUGCUGGCAGCAGAGGCCUGGGACUGAUCCUCAUCCAGAGCCAUUUUUCCCUGGGUUGCAGCAUCACCUGCUCUCUGCACUUCCUCCAUCAGGGAGCGCCGCACAGCUCCAUCAGCUUGUUCCUGGCCGCCGCCUUCGCUUGGGCGCUGGCGGGCUGCUGCGGCUCCCUGUGGAGUCACGUGGCCCGACUGUACCCGCUGCACAGCACCGAGCGCUACUGCGGGAGAUGCGUCGGCCUCCUGUCCUCGGGACACACCCUGCUGGCUUUUCUGCAGAGACUCGUCGUCUCGGUCUUCGCGGUGGCCGUGGUGGCCUCCCUCGCCACGGUUUAUGAGCACUUCCUGUCCCAGAAGGACGCGCUCAAGUUUUGGACUCCCCUCACGCUCUGUUACACGAUGCUGGUGGUCUACAAUCAAGAGGAUCAGCAACGUCAGACGGGCGCAGAUGGCCUCUUGCACACCGUGGUGCUGCGCCUGGGGGCCCUGCUGGUGCUGAUGCUGACGACGGGCUACUGGUCCGACGUGCUCCACGUCCUCGUCACUUUUCUCGGAGAAGCCGUCUGCCUCCUGUUCUCCAAAGACCUGCUGCAGCUCGUUUUAAAGGAAGAAGAAGAAACCAGCAUGACCAAAUAUGGGCAAAGCUCCAGUUACAGGAAAGGGGAACGCGCGAGUCGCACGCUGUCAAAAAGCAGCUGA